CACGCUAAAAGGGAGCUAACUAAAUGUUAUGUUUUCAAAAGCAUUGACCAAGAAAUGAAACAUUAGAGAGAGCUUAUUCAUUUUGAUCUAGUCUAGAUCAUCUAGAAUAUUGAAAAAGAUCUAGAAUUUGUAUCAUUAUUUUUAGCAGACUUUGAAUCUAUAACUUGCCAAAAAAUGUCGACAUCCAAGUCAAAAAUUAAACCUGUUGCUCCAAAAACAGUUGAGUCUAAUCAUACCAAAAGCAGCACAAUGUCACAAAAAAAUGUUAAAGCUUCUGCUAUCCGAAAUCCACCAUUUGCCAGCUCAAGAAGUGCAGCUUCUGCAUCUGCUUUAAAAAAAGGGAUUAUUCAAGAAAAAACACCUUUGCAAAAAAUUAUACAGAUUUUUGAUGAUGCUGGAAAUGAUGUCACUCCUUUGCCAUUAGUUCAGUUAGAUUCAGUCAAUGCCAAAAAAAACCAAACCAAUAUUUUAGGAGAUGGCUCUAUUGGAACUCCAACAGAUUUGAUGUCCCAGACUACAGCCUCAAUCUAUGGACAAGGUACUCAAGGAACAAGUGUUUUUGGUGGUGGGCCUUUUACAAGAUCUGUGUUUACACAGUCUUAUGAGGCUGGGUCUGAUUCACUACCUGAUGAUUCUGGCCCUGGGGAUACACCUUUUACAGAAAUAAGACACAAGCGUCAAGAAAUACAAGAAGUGCCAACAGAAGCAGAUCUAGAGAAGAUUGUAGACAUAACUCUCACUGAAACUGAAACAAUUUGGAUGUUUGAUUUGCCUGAUGUGAAAAUUUCUACAGAAAGUGAAGAGGUGCAUGAUAUAGAAAAAAGAAACAAAAGCUAUGCAGAGCUCUUAAAAAGCCGUGUUGGCAAUGACUUAUAUGUUGAGAGAGGAAUGAAUACAUUUAAUGAGCCUCCAAAACUGAAGAGUGUACAGACCAACAAAAUAGAGCUUAUUCAUACUGGAGUUGAAUGCACUUACUGGGAUAUGUAUGAUACCUAUUCAGUAAUUGAAAAAGAAAAACAAGCUAAAGUAGUUGCAGAGAAUGAAGUAUCAUCUGAUCAAGACUUGACUGAUAUACUUGAGGAUAUUGAGGAAGGGGAAGAUGAUGAAGGUACAAUUAGUCGACCAGGCAGCGCCAAGAUCUUGGCAGUGGAUGUAUCUGCAGAUAAGGUGGAAGCUGAUCAUCCCUUGAUAAGCAAAUCAUCUGCUAAAAUAGAUGCAGAAGAUGGAAGAGUUGAAAGCCGUGCAACAGGAGUUUCCUCUACAUACGGCUCUGAACUCCAGUUAUCUCUUGAAAUAGCAGUAGAACUUACAGAAAAAGAGAAACUCUCAGCAGAAUGGGAAGAGAUCCUUAAUUCAGAAAAAUUUCAUCAACAUUUAUUUCUUCUGGAGCGUGUCGUAAACUUAAACACUUAUCAAACCAAGCAAGCUUUGUACCGAGGAUUUCAGCCAGUUGUUGAAAUUGUGCGUGCAGAGAAGAAACGACAUAAAGAUUCAGACAAACUAAAAGCAACGGCAACAGUUUCUGUCCUUGACAUGGGCCCCAACUUGGAUCGUUUGUGGUCAUACACAUGUCAUCUGACAAAAGAUAAAAAUGUUAGCUGUAUGGCAUGGAACAGAGUGAAUCAAGAUCUCCUGGCUGUUGGAUAUGGCCAGUGGGAAUUCAGUGCUCAAAAGUCAGGAUUAGUUUGCUGCUGGUGUAUCAAGAAUCCAGAGUACCCAGAGAGAGUAUUUAUGUCUAAAGAAGGAGUUACAGCUGUUGAUUUCUCCACAGCUAAUCCAAACCUGCUAGCAGUAGGCUACUAUGAUGGUGGUAUUGCUGUGUACAAUGUAAGAAAAUCAGUAGAUGAGCCAGUAUUGGACAACUUCACUGCUCCAGGAAAACAUUUAGCUCCCAUUUGGCAACUCAAGUGGGUAGAGAAAGAGAGAGGUGCUGGUGAGGACAAAAUUGAGGUGCUCAUUUCUAUCUCCACUGAUGGGAGAGUAACACAGUGGUCUAUUAGGAAAGGCUUUGAAAGUUAUGAUGUAAUGAAACUGAAGAAGAUGCCAACUAGAAUGGCUGGACGCAAAGGGGAGAAAAAAGGAGAAGCUUUUAUUUCAAGAUAUGCAGGUGGCAUGUGCUUUGACUUCCAUACUAAGGAUUCAAACAUUUAUUUAGCAGGAACUGAAGAUGGCUACGUUCACAGAUGUUCUUGUUCUCACAACGAGCAGUAUUUGGAAAGCUAUCAAGGUCACACUGGGCCAGUUUAUUCAAUACAGUGGUCCCCCUUUGCUCCAGAUAUAUUUCUAACCUGUAGCGCUGACUGGACAAUUAAAUUAUGGCACCAAGACAAAACCAAGCAUGUUCUUUCAUUCCAUUCCAGUACUAAAGCAGUUAAUGACAUCUGUUGGUCACCCUGGUCUAGUACUGUCUUUGCAUGUGUCAAUGAAGCAGCUGUAGAGGUAUGGGAUCUUGCCCAAAGCACACUUGAUCCUGUCUACAACCUUGUCCCUACAUCUUGUGCUAAGCAGACUACCCUGUCUUUCAGCAAGAACUCUCAAUGUCUGAUGGUUGGCGACAGUGAAGGUCAGGUAACAGUUUACCAGCUGCGUUGCAUGCCAGACCCUCCCAAUGCUCAGGAACAAGAAUCUGCCUUACUCAAUGUCAUCAAAUCAUCAUUAGCCAGUCAGCUGACUCCAUCUAAGGAAGAAAAUGUGGAACAAGAAGGAACAGAAGAUGAUGAUGAAAUUGAUGUAUGAAACAUCUUUUACUCUCUACAAUCAAUUGCUUAGGGUUGUGCUGUCUGUAUUCAUUUGUUUCAUAUUUAGAAUUUUAUUUCUAAAGUUGUAUUAACAAACAUACUGUUAACUCAUGCAUCAGUAUAAGAAAGAGAUUCAUUAUUGGGUAUAAUUAGUUGGCUUUACGCAGCAGUGGUUAUUAAAUAACUAGGGAAAGGUAUGCAUUAUUUAUAUGUAUUGUUUCUCUUUACACUAGAGAUCAGUUCACAGCCCCAUAGCAGCAUUUGGAAUCAUUGUGGUCUUAAUGUUGACUGUUGUAAAUCUUAUAAUAAAAUCCCGACAGCUUUAUAAACCCACAACUAUUUCUACCCCCCCCCAAAAAAAAUUGUUUGAACAUUUAUAUAAAAGUAAUAAUUUUUCACAUACAUGAUUUAAAAAAAUAUAUAAAGUUAGUCUUGUUAUCCUAGCAAAAAGAACAUCUUUUAAAAGCAACUCCACUAGUUCUAGAGAAAUUUCACCUAUUGAAUGUCUGAGCGAACUAUAAGCAUAACUUUCAGAUUGUAGUGAUAAUAAAUAUUUUAUAAAAUACAA